CCGGAGUCAGUUUGCCCGCGCUCCGCAUCCUGUUCGCGCAUCAUGGAUUUGUUGUGCUCAAACACAAUUGAAAUGCUUUUUCAACUCUAUCUCAUCUUUUUCUCCAUCACGGUCUCGAUCUGUAAAGAGAGCUGUGAUACACCACUGGUGUCCAGUCUGCCUCAGUCUGCCUUUAGAAGUUCCUCCGAGUUGUCGAGCAGUCACGGGCCGGGCUACGCCAGACUUAACCGGAGAGACGGUGCUGGUGGAUGGUCUCCGCUGGACUCAAAUAAGUAUCAGUGGCUUGAAAUCAACCUGGAACAGCGGACAGAGAUCACGACUAUCUCCACGCAGGGCCGUUAUGGGAGUUCUGACUGGGUCACGCGUUACCUCCUCAUGUUCAGCGACACGGGCCACAACUGGAGACCAUACAGACAGGAGGACAGCAUCGGGGCUUUUACAGGGAACUCUAAUGCUGACAGUGUGGUGAUGUACAAACUCCAGCAUCCAGUAACUGCCCAGUAUCUCAGAUUAAUACCGCUGGACUGGAAUCCAAACGGCAGGGUUGGUUUGAGAUUGGAAGCGUAUGGAUGCCAAUAUAGGUCUGAUGUGGCCGGUUUUGAUGGCAGUGGUCACUUUCUCUUCAGACAGGAUCCCAGUGCUGGUUCUACAGACAAAGAUGUUUUAAAAAUGAACUUCAAAACCCUGCAGAGCUCUGGGAUGUUGGUUCACAUGGAAGGCUUCAGCGGCCUCACGCUCACUGUGGAAUUAUUCAAAGGGAAACUUUUACUUCAACUCAGAAAAGGCAGAGGUGAUUUGCACACUGUGAUGUCAUUGGGCAGCCUGCUUGACGAUCAGCACUGGCACCACGUCACCAUCGAGCGGCUUCGGUCACUUGUGAACUUCACAGUGGACAAAAAUACACGUCAGAUUCAGCUGCCCAAACACAUGAGUCAUUAUGAAAUUAAAGAGAUCAGUUUUGGUGGCACGCUGGGCGCUGGACUUCAGAAAUCUCACUCCAAAAGAAACUUCCAUGGAUGCCUGGAAAAUGUGCUCUACAAUGAAAUAAACAUGAUCGAUCGGGCCGAAGGAAAGCAAGUCACUGUCACAGGUAACGUCAGCUUUACAUGCACGGAAUCCAUCGACGUGCCCGUGACCUUUGCAAAUGCUGGAAGUUUUCUGAGCCUGCCGUGGAUCUCCAGCGGAGAGAGUAUGACGGUCAGCUUGCAGUUCAGAACAUGGAACAAAGCCGGUCUGCUGAUGACCUUUGACCUCCAGCAGCAUGCAGGGACGCUGUGGCUUUUUCUGAGCGAGGGGAAAAUCCGACUGCAGAUCCAUAAGAUUGCAAGGAUCUUGUUGGACAUCACAGCAGGUUCUGAUUUAAACGACGGUCAGUGGCACGGCGUUGAACUGAACUCCCGGCGAGGACGUCUCACGGUCACCCUCGACAAAUCCGACAGCUCUACAACCUCCACUUCACUUCCUGUCGUACCCGACGGCCAGAUAUUCUUCGGAGGAUGUCCGAGCACCGAAGAUCACAGCGCCACCUGCAGGAACCCCUUCAAAGUGUUUCAGGGCUGUAUGCGUCUCAUUCACCUGGACAACAGUUUAGUGGAUCUUAUCAAAGUACAACAGAUGCUGUUUGGGAAUUACAGCGAUGUACAGAUGGAUAUGUGUGGAAUCGUGGACAGGUGCUCACCGAGUCACUGUGAACAUGGGGGAAAUUGCUCUCAGUCGUGGAGCACGUUUCACUGCGACUGCUCCGGCACGGGCUACAGCGGAGCGACCUGCCACAGCUCUAUUUAUGAGGCGUCGUGUGAGGCGUACAAACACAAAGGAAACACCUCUGGAUAUUAUUAUGUAGAUGUGGAUGGAAGUGGCCCCAUCAAACCUCAGUUAAUCUACUGCAACAUGUCAGAUACGGUCUGGAUGGUGAUUCAACACAAUAACACAGAGCUCACCAAAUUAAGGCCGUCCUCCGGGACGAAUCAGCAUUUAGCUCACUUCAACUAUUCCGCAGACGUCGAGCAGAUUCAGGCCAUCAUUAACCAGGCUCGAUACUGCGAGCAGGAGCUCUCAUACCACUGCAAGAAGUCACGCCUCCUGAACACACCAGACGGCUCUCCCUUCACGUGGUGGGUGGGCAGGUCAGGUGAGGCACACAUGUACUGGGGCGGAGCGGUUCCCGGAAGCCAGCAGUGUGCAUGCGGACUGCAGGAUAACUGCGUUAAUCCUGAACAUUUCUGCAACUGCGAUGCAGACAGCAAGGAGUGGUCCGAUGAUUCGGGUAUGCUGGCACAUAAAGAACAUCUGCCAGUUCUGGCUCUUUCUGUUGGUGACAUCAGCAGACCCGGUUCUGAAGCGGCGUAUAAAGUGGGACCCCUGCAGUGCUCCGGUGACAAUAACUUCUGGAACGCAGCGUACUUCAACAAGGAAACAUCAUACCUGCACUUUCCGACGUUUCACGGCGAGCUCAGCGCGGAUAUCUCCUUCCUGUUUAAAACCAGCUCUUCCUCGGGGGUCUUCCUGGAGAACUUGGGAAUCAAAGACUUUAUUCGGAUCGAACUGAGCUCGCCAACAGAAGUUGUCUUCUCUUUCGAUGUGGGGAACGGUCCAUUGGAGGUGAAGGUGGAGACGCCCUUGGCUCUAAACGACGACCGUUGGCAUCACGUGAGAGCCGAGCGGAACGUAAAAGAAGCCUCGCUGUAUGUGGACCAUUACCCUGAAGCGGUCCAGAAAGCCCCGGCUGACGGACACAUUCAUCUGCAACUCAACAGCCAACUGUUUGUAGGGGGAACGGCGUCCCGGCAGAAAGGUUUUCUGGGCUGUAUCCGCUCGCUGAAGCUGAACGGUAAGACUUUAGAUCUGGAGAAGAGGGCGAAGAUCACGCCCGGCGUCACGCCCGGCUGUCCCGGUCACUGUAGAAGCUACGGCGGCCUGUGCCAAAAUAAAGGAACCUGCAUGGAGAGAGAUGACGGCUUCAUGUGUGACUGUCAUCUCUCAGCUUUUACAGGCAUCUUCUGUCAUAAAGAGGUUUCUGCCUUCUUCAAACCCGGAACGUCGGUCACGUACACGUUUAAAGAGCCGCACGAGCUGAGCAGGAACGGCAGCGCGCAGUCAUCUUCCAUCUACUCGGAUUUAACGCUGCGAGGAGUGAAUAUUUCACUCAGCUUCAGAACCAGCCAGGCCCCGGCACUGCUGCUUUAUGUCAACUCGUACUACAGAGAAUAUCUGGCCGUCCUGCUGAACAGAAACGGACAUCUGGACAUCAGGUACAAACUGCAGCAGGACCGAGACGCCGAGGUUUUCAGAGCCAGAGCCAGAAAUCUGGCCAACGGGCAGCUUCACCGAAUCAGCGUCAGGAGAUCUUCAGACACGCUCAGCAUUCAGGUGGAUCAGCAUGCAAAUGAAGAUUUCAAUCUAACGUCGGACAUCGAAUUCAAUGCUGUCAAAUCUAUUGUCAUGGGAAAAGUGCUUGAUUCUGUUGAUCUGGAUCCAGAGAUAGUCCGUCUGAACUCUCUGGGCUUCACAGGCUGUCUGUCCGUCGUCCAGUUUAACUCCAUCUCUCCUCUUAAAGCGGCGCUUCUGUAUCCGGACAAAAGUCCUGUGACGGUCACAGGCUCGCUGACAGAAUCCAACUGUGGAUCGUCUUUACUGUCCAACCCUCACGCACCUGAAACCACUCAUUCGCUUACAGAUCAUUUGGGUUCUGUAGAUACCGGUGAGCCAAUAGUCAAUGCAGUCCACAGUGACUCCGCUCUCAUCGGAGGCGUCAUCGCUGUAGUGAUAUUCGUGAGUCUCGCGGCUCUGGCCGUAAUAGCGAGACUCCUCUUCCGACGGAAGGAGUCGUUCCAGACCCAAGAUCCCAACGCAGGAAAGACCGACGACAGUCCGGAGACGCCGUUCACCAUGGAUCCAAACACACAGAACAUUAUCAGUGAGAACCAAAAAGAAUAUUUCAUAUGAGGAUCUUUCACCUAUUUUUGGACUAAUCCAGUAAAACUGACGGAUUGAGAAGCCUUGUCGAGCCUUGUCCAGGUGCAUUAUGGGAAACGUAGACCGACGUCGGUGGAAGAGAAACGAUUUGUCACGUUUACCCUUUUUUGUACGUAAAAACAUUAUUGUCCAGAGGUUUGGCACAAUAGUACGGUUUCUACGGUGUGUAUAAAAUGACAUUCAUUGGUUGUAAAUAUUAUUUUGAAAUGAAACUUUGUAACGUCACGUUCUUCUUCGAAAUGAUUCAGUGGUCAUUGUUACGUUUAACAAAAUUCUCGCCGACUUACAUAAGCAAUUUUAAGAGCCGAAUGUUGUAUGACGAAAUCGAAAUAAAUGUCUGAUCUGGA